AUGGGGCCAAUGAAAUAUAAGUCGAGUGUGUCCUCGGUGUCCUGUGGUCUGCAAUAUCAGCAUUCUUUGAUAAAGUGGAGUCCAAAAAUGAAUUUACACAUCGUGCGAACUUACUGCUCAUCACCUAAGAGGCCUGAAGCAAAGUCUGCGACAGAGAUGGCCAUGGGUCUUCUUAAUCGGGUGACAGAAGCUGGGACCAUUAUGGGAAAAAACUCUCUUCAAAAAAUGUCUGCAACAUGCAAGAGUUGGUGGGACAGAUAUGAAGAGUUUGUUGGAAUUAACGAAGUUCGAGAGGCUCAGGGAAAAGUGACAGAGGCUGAAAAUGUCUUUAUGGUAGCUCGAGGGAUAGUACGAGAGGCUCGUGAAAAUGUAGAAGCCCAGCAGAUUAAACUGAAGGAAAUUCGGGACCGCUUAGACAGGGUCUCUCGGGAUGACACCCAGUAUUUAGAACUGGCUACUCUGGAACACAGGUUGCUGCAGGAAGAGAAGAGGUACCGAGCUGCGUAUUUAAAUGCAGAAGAAUCUGAGAGAGAAAAAUUCUCUCUCUUCUCUGCAGCUGUAAGGGAAAGCCAUGAGAAAGAGCGAACAAGAGCUGAAAAAACGAAGAACUGGUCUAUUAUUGGUUCUGUUCUGGGAGCCAUUAUAGGUGUUCUUGGUUCCACCUAUGUUAAUCGAGUAAGGCUGCAAGAAUUAAAAGUCUUGGUGCUUGAAGCACAGAAGGGCCCAAUAAAUCUGCAAGAAGCCAUCAAAGAACAGGCCUCCAGUCAUUACUUACAGCAGAAGGAUCUCAGUGAUGUCAUAGCAGACCUGAAAAAUGUGCUGCAAACGAGGACAUCACAGGAAAUAAAGGAAGGUGCUUUGUUAACUAGAGAAGAGAGGAAUGACUCUAUAAAAAUAGAUUCUCUUUUAAUUCCUUUAAAUGAACAGCUAAACUACACUAAACAAGUCAGUUCAUGUCUAGGGAGUUUACAGCAGCAGUUUAAUAGUCUGCAGGAAAGUAUAGCGCAAAUGAUCUCUGAGGUGCAGAGUGUUAAACUUGCAGUCCAUUCUAGACCUAUGGAAAGAGCGAUGCCAAGGUCGUCAGCAGAGGGUAAGGGCCAGGCUUCUGCCGUGAGAGAUGUGAUUUUAGAGUUGUGUGAUACCGAGCGGAGACUGGAAACACAAAUCAAGAGAAAUUCUAUUUACAGCACUGCAUUGACAUGCGCUAUGUUUGCUAUUACUCUGCCAGUACUCUAUAUUAUACUUAAAGGGAAUUGA